AUGACGCUACCCCCGGCUGGUAUCCCCGUCCUUCCCUCCGAUCGGCGCGUCCAAUUUUUGCUAAACACAGAGUAUGAGAUUCCAUGCCCCGCAGUUCUCGAUGCGCAUUGGAGAAUGUGCGAAAUUUUUAAUGCAUCUGCUAUGGGAGAGACCAUUGAACGACAUCUUCGGGACUGGGAAGAUUUAAGAGGCUCUGGGUGCGCUGUUGUUAGAGAGGACGGUACGACCGAUCUCGUUAGUCUGCUGGAUAUCGCGCUAUGGGGCCAAGUUUCCGCAUGA